AUGAACGCGCCCAGGGUCCAUGCGAUUAAUCCAGAGCUCGCCAUGGAAAAUCUUCAACCGAGUUUCUUCAAGCAGCUCCGCGCUCUCUUGUGGAAAGACAUCUGGGUGACUCGACUCAAGAGAUCGCUGAUAGCAUCCAUAUUGGAAGUUGCCAUCCCCUUCGGAUUGAUCGGAUUACUCGUAUUUCUCCGCAGUUUGAGCGAAGGAGGCGCGAGGAACCGUCCGAGUUUCACUUGGAGGCCACAGGAGACUUUCAAUUCCUCUCUUCUCCGAGCAUUCCCGACCCGAUAUCGGGCCUCGAAAGACCCUCGACGAAUUGUUUAUGCUCCGCAGAAUGGGCUCACGGCAGACAUCAUGGUCGAGGCUUUCGGCGACGUCACAGCCGUCGAGGGAGUUGAUGACGCGAAAUCACUCAAUGAAUACAUCAUGAAAGGCCAAGUUCUUUUCAGCGUAGAGUUCACGAGAACUGAGCCGAAAAACCUCGCAUACGAAGUACGCAUAAACCAAACACUGGCCUAUUACGAAACAAGCCGCCUGUUCCCUCACUUACCGCAAAGAGGUCCACGCGCACCUGAUAAAAACAUCUUACCUGCCAUCAUGGAAAGCAUCAUGACGGUGUACGCAGAGAAGCAUAAUGUUUCAAAGCCCGCGGUGUAUCUCAGCCGUUUCCCCUUCCCAUCGUGGCUUGACGACAAAUCGUUCACGUCGUUGAGCUCGUUCAUACCUGUGCUGUACGUGUACGGUUAUACAAUGUUCGUCAUACGUUACAUACGGCGGAUUGUCCAGGAGAAACAGUCGAGAAUAAAGGAACACCUUCGCAUGAUGGGUCUCUCCGAUUGGGUUUAUUGGACAAACACAUUUCUCAAUGGAUUCCUCACGAUGGCCUUGGUAUCCAUCAUGGCAGUCCUCGCUUUCAAGAUUCCAGUGCGCAUGGACCAAGCAGUUCUGACCCGUUCUGAUCCAACGCUCAUCCUGAGUGUAUUCUUGUUGCACGCGGUCGGUGCGACGCUGUACCUCAUGUUCCUCACCGUUCUGUUCCAGUCCCCUGUCAUCGGAACAUUGGUGGGAACUCUCUGUUGGUUCUUAUCGUUGUCAAUAUCAACUUCGUUCCUCGACCCGAUAAAUCAGAAUCGGUAUCAGAGCCUGUCUCGUUCCGCGAAGCUCCUCACAACAUUGUUCCUGCCCAACUCUGGAUUAUACUGGUGCUUCAAGCUAAUCAGUUUCAGAGAAUCCCAGGGUGUCGGGGCUCACUGGGCGUCUAUAUACUCGCCGGCGGUUCCGGGGGACAACAUCGUACUCGGCAGCGUAAUGACUGACCUCUUGCUCGGAUGCCUCCUGUACAGCUUGCUCAUUUUUUACCUCGACAACGUUUGGCCAUGGCAGUUAGGAAUCCCGAGACAUCCGUUGUUCCUGUUCCAGGCAUUUCUGCUCUUCCAGAGAUCCUAUUGGGUUGCCCGGAAAAACUCCUGUACAGGACUCUCUGAUAUCCAGGAUCAGACAUCGGCGAACGAACUUUUUGAGGAGUAUUCUUCAAGCAGUGGCCAGCCAGCAGUUGUGCUGAGGAGCGUGAGCAAAUACUUCGGAAGCAAACAGGUUCUCAAGGACGUCAGCCUCAGAAUGUACAAUGACGAGAUCUCUGUGCUCCUCGGUCACAACGGAGCGGGGAAAACGACCACGAUGAACAUUCUGACUGGACUAUUCCCGCCAUCGUCAGGGCAGCUCUUCAUUAAUGGUUUCAACGUUCGAACCCACACCCGGCAAGCUCGGAAGAACGUGGGCCUAUGCCCUCAGCACAACGUCCUCUUCGACGAGCUCACCGUACGGGAACACCUGGUGUUUUUCGGGAAGUUGAAAGGCGCCCCCGAGCACUUGGUCAACGAGGAAGCCGAAGAGCUCGUAUGCAAAUUCGAACUGACUCCCAAAAUGGACACAUUAUCGAAGAACCUCUCCGGGGGCAUGAAACGAAAGCUCUCCAUGGCGAACGCCAUGGUGGGCGGCAGCUCGGUGAUUAUCCUGGACGAGCCCACCGCUGGGAUGGACCCUCAGGCCCGUCGCAUGGUCUGGACUGUCUUGCAAGAACUGCGCAAAGGCAGGACCAUAUUGCUCACAACUCACUAUAUGGAGGAAGCGGACGUUUUAGGAGACAGGAUAACAUUCCUGACGGCGGGAGCCAUCAUGUGCUCGGGUUCCCCCAUGUUUCUCAAAAAGAAAUUCGAGACCGGCUACAAAAUGCGCAUCGCGAAAGCCUCGCCGGACGUGGAUGUUGAUGCGGCCAUGGAGGUCGUUCAGCGUUUCGUCGGAGGAACGGCCAGCGUGGAAGCUGACAUGACGUACGAGUAUGUCGUAAACCUGGGAUUUCCGACCGUUGAUCGCAUGGUCGACUUAUUCAAGUUUUUCGAGGAGAACAAGGCGGACUUGGGCGUCGUUUCGUUGGGUGUCGCCGUGACCACGAUGGAAGACGUUUUCCUGAAAGUCGGUGAGUUGGGAGCAAGCGUGGACGGUAACGCAAUCGUGGGAUCGGAUCAAUCACCUGAGGGGAAAGGCGACGGCCCUCAGUCGAACGGACACGCGAAAACCCCAGCGGCAGAUCGGCAGUUCCCCACAUACGAAAGGGUCUCCGGCGCUAGACUACACGCCAACCAUUUCGUCGGACUAUUGAUGAAACGACACGAUGCUGCCAAGCGACAAUGGUGGCUACCGGUGUUCAUGGUGGUCCUACCAAUUUUGACGACAAUUCUCUUCUGCAUUGUUGACAGCCGUCUCGUCACUGCGGUGGGCGGUUCCGGCGCAUCGGCGGUGACAUACGACCUGUAUAAGCUCUUCGGGCCCACUGAAAGUUUCCUCGUACCGAGAUCGUCGUCUGCGCUAAUGAACGCGACCUGGAACAAACUCCAGGAACAGACAAGCGUUCAGAUUUUCGCCGAGAAUACAACGGAUGACGACAUCCAGGCAUAUCUUCUGCAGCUCGCCCACAGGGAUCUGAACGACUAUAAGCUCAAGCACUUGGUAGGCGCAACGUAUAUCAAUGAGAGUGCGCUCAACAUCUGGUAUUCCGGCGAGCCCUACCACGUCCAGAUGUGCGCCCUGACUUCGGCGUAUUCCGCGAUCCUCGGUGGUCAAGUACGUGUGACCUAUCAGCCGAUUCCCUGGGGGUCAGAGAGUUUCCCGAAGGAGAAACUGAUGAGUACCGAUACCGUUCCUCGGCUCUUCUGUGCCGCGUUGAUGUCACUCUCGCUCGCCUUCAUUACAUCAUCAUUCAUCAUAUUCCCCGUCCAGGAGAAUGUCUCUAAGGCGAAACUGAUGCAGCUAAUGACGGGCGUGAACCGGUUGAUCUACUUCCUCUCGUCGAUUUUGUACGACAUUCAGCUGCACAUUGCUUGCUGCCUCCUGGUGCUGUCCACCUUGCUGCUCGGGAACCCUGACGGAGUGUACACUCAUUACACGGACACCCCCUGGGCUAUAUUAAUCCUUCUGGUCUUGUUCGGCUUCGCCACGAUACCAUUGGCGUAUUUGGUUUCUCAUUGGCCGAAGAAGCCGUCGACCGGUUUCUCCAUGAUGGUGUUCCUCGGGAUUCUUGUGGGAAUGAUCGGGGUGCUGGUCGUGACGAUGCUGCAGUUCCUCGGGAGAAUUCCGGGAAAUCCUCUCGGUAUCGAUAACGAGGCGUUGAGAAUCUCGACGGGUUUUCUGCAUUUCCUGCCGCAUUUCGCGGUGAUAUGGGGUUUCUCGAACAUCCACUACAACGGUGCUUUGAACAAAACCUGUGAAUCAAUACACAGAGACGUUCUGACGACGGACUUGAUAUGCGGCGCGCAAAGAAUGUCUGCCGAGGCCACGCCAUUCAUAGGACGAUGUUGCUCAGAGUUCACGGAGAACAAUGUUUCGGCUUUUCGUUACGAUCGGCCCUCGGCAUUUUCUAUGGACGAUGCGGGAGCCGGUUGGGAGAUGAUCUGCCUGGUCAUCACGGGCAGCGUGCUCUUCGCUCUCAACCUCAUCAUUGAAAUGAAUUUGCAGCGUUACUUCUACAAAGUCCGGGACGCUUUCUGCAGAAAGCGCAAGAAAGAUAAAAUAGGGGACUCCGCGGAGUCUAUACCAGCCGCAUCCUUUCCAUUAGUCUCGGAAGACGAGGACGUUCUCAGAGAGAAGGAGCUCGUUGAGGAGAUGGUAACGGGUUCUCUACCGAAUGACGGCCUUGCCAUGACAGCGUACCGACUCUCGAAAUUCUAUGGAAACUUCCAUGCCGUCAAGGACGUCUCUUUCAGGGUGAAAGAGAAAGAGUGCUUCGGCCUGUUAGGCGUCAACGGGGCGGGGAAAACGACAACGUUCAGGAUGUUGUGCGGGGAUCUCCUCAUGUCGGCUGGGGACGCGUUCAUAUCAGACUGCAGUCUUAGAGAGAACCGCGAUAAGUUCCAAACUGAAAUCGGAUACUGUCCACAAUUCGACGCUAUCAUCGAUACGAUGAGCGCGCGAGAAAUGUUCCGCCUGUUCGGUAUUCUACGGGGCGUGCCACUGAGCAGAGUGAAUGAGGUGACGGAAUUCCUGAUACAAGUCACAGACCUCUCUCAACAUGCCGACAAAAUGUGUGGCAGCUACAGUGGGGGUAAUAAGCGGAAACUGUCCAUCGGUCUCGCUAUCCUCGGAGGCCCGAAGGUGAUUUUUCUGGAUGAGCCCACCGCUGGCGUUGAUCCCGAAGCACGUCGGAAGAUCUGGAAUGCCCUGACCAAGGUCCAGAGAGAGCUCGGAAGCGCCAUCGUUCUGACGUCUCACUCGAUGGAAGAGUGCGAGGCUUUGUGCGACAGGCUGUGUAUCAUGGUGAAUGGCGGGUUCCGCUGUAUUGGAUCGACCCAGCGACUGAAAUCGAAGUAUGGCGAAGGUUUCACGGUGUUUUUGAAGCUCCGAGCUGAUCGGAGCCCUGAGGAGAAAACAGAGAAUUCGGCGAAAGUUUGUGAUGCCAUGGACGAGUUGUUCCCGAAUGAGAAUCACCUCAUCAGUAGUCAUCAGGCCUUGCUGCAUUUCCACAUCACGGACCCUUCGAUCAGUUGGAGUGCUCUAUUCGCUGCCAUCGCCGAGCUCAAUUCUCGCUUUGCCUUUGAAGACUCCAUUGUGUCGGAUACCACCCUCGAGCAGAUAUUUCUGAACUUCGCCAAAACGCAGUUCAUUCUCGACGAGUAG